UUGGCGAUGUCAAAUUUCGACCAACGGGAACGGAAAGGAAAAAAAAAGAAGUUUUGUUUUGAUCGUGCGCUAGGAACUUGUUUUUAAUGAAUCAGUGUUUCGUUUGUUAGAAAUAGUUUCAGUGCAAGUGAAAAAAAAAUGGCCGUUCGUGCCUCUCCAGAGGAAUAUAGUCAUACGGCGUUUUUGUCGUGUUCGCGUAGUGUUUGUUUGGUGAUGCUGAAUCAGCAGGAAUCACGUAGGAAAACCAGCGAACAAAUUGGACACUAAAUCCAGUCGUCCUCUGGAAGCUACCGACGAUGUUCGAGGAUGAAUCCGGGUUCGGAGCACGGCAUCGGCGCUGGUACCGACUGCAUGGUCAUCUCCUUCGCUAUUGGACCUAUCCUGAUGAAUAAAAAUACAAGCCUCCGAUCGGAAGCAUUGAUUUGCAGAAGUGCUCAGAAAGUAACUGUUGCACCCAGAUUGGUAUGCUUACGAUUGGACAAAUUAUUAUUAGAAUUCCGACGUCCACCACCGCCGGAUGAUGUUGAAUCGCUGGUGCUAGCAAAGCAAGGCAUUACUGCUAUUCAGCGGUAUUUGCUGUCAGCUGAUUGUGAGUAGUAUUAAGAUGAGUAUCUUAGUUAGUUAUGCUUCCAUCAAGCUAGGUACCAAAAACCGUUCUAGGUGCUAAGAACCGAUUCAGAAAACUAAAAACCGCUUCAGCCGUCAGGCCAACACACAAUUUCACCCACCGUAGAUAAAAAUACAGCUAACGACAUCUACCGGCCACUGGAAAAGUAGCAAAUGCUAGAACCACAAACAGACGUCACUUGUACACUAGCGCCGCUUGGUAAUCUUAUUGCUAAAAUAUAUUUUCUGACGUAGAACUACGUCUCUCAGGAAGUUCGGCUACAUAGGAAUAGAAAAAAAAUCAAAACCAAAAUAAGUUUUAAAUAAUAAAUCAGUUAGGUUUUGUUGCUCCCAAAUGCAGAAAAUUAUAAUUUUAU